CCUCAUUUGCGCUAUUCAUUCACUCAUUCCACCGGUUUCAGCUCAAGAGGUUGAGCUCAGCGUGAGAGAAUUGAGUAGUUUACCUGAAGCUGUCGGACGGGUGUUGGGCGUCUUUUGGUGGUUUUGACAACAAAUGCGAUUCACUCGCACUACAACGAAGACGUGUGUGCAUACGAGUGUUACUAAGUAAGUCGGCAAGUCGUACGACGAAACGGUAAAGAGAUACGAAAUGAUCGUAGCGGCUAAGACGUGAAAGACGUUGGGUGUAAAAGGGCGCGAACAGUCGUAUGGGGAACAACGAAAUAAAUAAAUAAAAAUAUACAAAUGAAACGUGAACUUAAAAAAAUUUCCAUAAGCAACAGCAGCAAAUUUAUAAAAAAUUUAAUAAACAAAGUGUUUGUGUAAAGUGUCAAUAUACAUAUACAUAUAUACAUAUCGUAUAACGGUGUUUACAUAAUUUUUGAAAAUAAUUAACACUAUCCACACUGAAAAGCGCACUUUGUUCUACAACAGAAUUGGAAAAUUAAAAAAAAGUUAAAAAAAUAUUGUCGCGCUUGCUAAAGUUCUGAGCAAGUACCAGUUGCUAACAAACAGUAGUGGCACACCGAAAGCUUAAUUAUUAUAAAAGUAACCAAAAAUAACAAAAACAAUCGUCUGCAUUUCCAAUUUGUUGUCUGGUGCGUGUUUUGAAUGUGAAAGCAAAAAAACGUACGAAGAAGACAAAGGCAAAAUAUUUACGACGCCUAACAAUAAGAAGUGUUCGAAUAGAAAAAUAAGUCAACAAAAAGCGAACAAACCAAAGUGACCAAAAGCGAAAACAAAAACCUAUAUAUUUUUUGUAUCAACAUACAUUCUUCAAGUGUUCUACUGUGAUUUACCCACCAUAGCCAACAACUUUGCGCUGUAAUAUUUUUGCCGGAUACGCGCUUCCUUCUGUGGACUAUAAAUCGCAUCAUAUUUGGAUUACGCGCAAACAUUUCCUUGGUUUACUUCCAUAGUAUUGGAACGGCCGUUGAAGAUACAUAUUUAGGUUUCUCCCAGUCGCUAAAUGACAAUUCACUAAUUAUCCAGCGUUCAUCUCGACUCAAACAAUACCAAAGUAAAAAUGGCUUUUCAACGCAGCUACAGCAAAGUAUGGUGGGGUUCCGAUAAUCAACAAAUACCCUCAUCACUGGCAUUGUCCUCAGCGGCUGGUGGUGCAUCCUCUAUCGGCAACGGCACCAGUUUUACUAGCGGCGGAUUCUAUUACGGUUCUCACUUCUCACAACUGACACAACAGCAACUUAACGCGCAACGUUUUCACUACAAGAAUCACAGUGGCGGCGGCUAUCAUUCACUCGAUUCGGGCAGCUUUCGAUCGCAUGUCGGAAAUUUGUCGCGCAUUCAGGAAGUCGAUGAUGAGCACAACAAUUCCAAAUCGUUGUGGGGCAAACGUGAUAGUCCUGGUAGUCUGCGUAGUCAGGACUCCGGCUUCUCUGACAAUGAUGAGUCGCACAGCUGCCGCUCUUCGAAACCCAGCUCGCCCAGCGCAAAGUCGACAGGCAGUGCAGUUAGUUCACCGAAUUCGGCGCGUUCGGUGACGGUGGCGACGCCACCCACAGUUAUCCGACGCGUUGGCAAAUCGGAAUUCUAUUCACCAUUGGUGAGCGUAUCGCGUCGCAUAUCAUUUUCCGGUUCACCUGCCACAACGGUCGCACUAGAUGCCGCCAUUGCCGGCAGUAAUCUAAAAAGUGACUCACCAACACAAAUGCAGCAAUGCUUGACUGCUGCUGACGAGCUGCUGAUGAGUGAGGCAGUGAGCGCUGCGAAGAAAUUGAAUUUUGAUGAUUUGAAUGCGGGUGGUGGGCAGGCAAUUGCCGCACCGCAACAAGCGCAAAAGCAACAACCGAAACGUCGCCGUCGCAUUAUUCGUCAGCCAACCAAGCCAUUGUCGCCCACAAAGCGGCGCACAUUGCUGGAAGAGACUGACGACAAUAGCGACCAAGAAGGCGGCGACGCCGGUAGUGAUGUGACAAGUAAUUCAUUUGUUGAGCUCGAGCGUUCAGCGGAGCGUAAUCGCUCACGUACGCGUUUGCACAUUGUGCCAGCCUACAAUAAUGAAACGGUCUAUCUAGGCGUUACAACAACUCCCACUGCUGCCAGUGAGCCGUACAACAAUGAAACAGUGAUUUUGGGCGCCGGUGGUGAAAUUACAAAUGCUGUCAUUGAGGACGACAACAAUAACACGCUUAAGUUAGACGAAUUGAAUGAGACAAUGUCGCCGUUGAAGACGGAUGAGCAACGUUACUUGGCUAGUACGAGCACUCCGAAAACUUCUACAUGCGAUGCGCGUCCCUGGUCGCAAAUAUCCUUUCGUCACAGCAGCAGCACGCAUGAGUACGAUAAUCCGCUAUUGAACGGUCACGCGCCUGACUUGCAACAUUGGCUACAUGACUUGCGUUCGUCAUACGAACAUGAAGUGAUGUCUACGCUGCAGACAAAGUCCAUUGCACAGGAAGCCUUCAAGAAUCUGACCAUCACCACAAAUACGGUGGCGAAAUUAAUACGCCAGCUGCAGCAGCGCGCUCUUUGUGCGCAAUCGGAUUUUGAACGCGUCGAGCGCAUACUCUUGGGCACACAAGAAGCCACACUACACGAAGCGCUUUCCAGCGCCGAACAGUUGGUUGAGAAUGUGAUAGAAUUUACGCAGGUGCUUGAGCGCCGCGCUGUUUUCUUUAACGACUCCAGGCUCGAUCGUAAGCGCUUUCAAGAGAAUAUCGAGCAGAUACGCAUAAUUACAAAGGAUACGCGCUACUCGUUGGAACGUCAGCAUUACAUGAAUUUGGAGUCACUAUUGGAUGAUGUGCACGUGCUGAAGCGCUACCUAUUGAUUAGCGUGCGGCAAGUGUUUGAGAAAAUGGUGCGCAUUAUUGUACAGAGCGUGGAGCAGGGUCAAUGUGAUUUGAUGCUGCGCGCUAAUAUUAAUAUGAUAGCUACGCUGAUGAAUAUCGAUUACGAAGGCUUCGCCUCACUCACUGACGCAUUCGUGCAGAACGAAGCAGUGCGCGCCUUACUCGUCGUUUGCCUCGAGAAUAAGUUAUCAUCUGUGCGCGCGCUGGCAUUGCGUGCACUUGCGACCAUUUGCUGCUCACCGGCAGCGAUUGCGCAGUUGGGCGCCUGUGGUGGCAUUGAGAUUGUACGCGAUAUUGUGCAGGUUCCGGGCAAAGAGCGCACAGGCGAGCUGAAGCGAGGUGAUAUCGAGCGACGUGAGGCGGUCUCGUUGUUAACACAAAUCACUGCAGCCUGGCACGGACCAGAACAUCGAGUGGACGGACUCAAGGCUUGCGCAGAGAUCAUAGUGGAGGGACUAACACAGCUUAUCACGGGCACUUCUUGUGCGCAGACGUUGCUGUUGUGUGCGGCAGCACUGAACAACCUCAGCCGGAUCGAGGUGACAUCGCACUACUCGAUAAUGUCGAACGAGGCGAUAUUCAAGUUGAUCGAAGUGGUGCAGGGACGUGAAGCAGAUGCAUCCAUUUUUCUAUAUGAACAAAUCGUUGCGAUGUUACACAAUAUGUCAGUGAACAAGAAGUGUCACAGUCACUUGGCCAACGGCAGCAUCAUAAAUUUCAUCACGUCCGCAUACCAAACGGAAUUCUAUAAAAGUUACAAUUCGCGUGCAGAGUGCGACGCCCAGCGGCGUACCAUCAAAGCGAUUCUGCAUACGUUGACACAUUUGGUGCACGAGUCCAGCCUGGGCAUUGAACUGUUGGAUCAGCAUCGUGUGCCCGCCUUCUUCCGGCAGGCCAUGCUUAUUGGCGGUAGCGGCGGUGGUGGCGCAGGUGGCGAACAAUGGUCUUUGGAUGGUAGCCAUAGCAGAGACAUUUCGGCCUUGGCACGCCAAUUGCUACAGGCGCAAAGGCAGGUACAACAAGCUAACGGAACGGGAAUGACCCAGACAAACGAACAUGAGCAGGCGGCCGUGGGUGGAGGUGGUGAGGCGACAAUGUUUACGGCCAAUACUGCCGCUGGCAAUGGUGGUGGUAGUGCUGCUGCUGCUGGGCGAGGUAUUGUCGGUAGCGGUGGUAAUUUUAAAUUCAAUUUGACGCGUCACGAGAGUUUCGUCUGAGUGGCUGAAUGCAACCGAAUUGCAGCUGUGUGCCGUUUGCUGAGCGUCGAGCGCUGAAGCGCCUAAGGCAGCUUCUUGUUUUUUUUUUUUUUUUUUGUUUUUCCUUUUCUAAGGAUUAACUAAGUUGUUGGCGCUUCGGUCGUUGGACGGCGGUGGUUAAUAUAAUCAUCCGUGAAUAACUCUACUCAGACACAUUGUGAAGGCAAUCGUGCGUGCCUCAUCGAUUUGCAGAUGUAAGCGAAGGUUUUGUAGUUGUAGCGUAAGUGAUGUGUCGCACGUGUUUGCGUCAAUAGCAACGACCUAAACAAAAAUUGUAAAUAAUCAUUGAAUUGGCGGUGGUGGGAAGUGAUUUUGUUUUUGUACACAGCCCGCGACAAAUGAUGGCAUAUCCAAAUUUUGAGCAGUUUUCGCUUUAGUGUUGUGUUUUUUUCAAUCUCGAUAAUUUUUUUUUAG